AUGAAUUGGUUGCAGAUCGAGAAGACCGCUCUAAACACGGUGCUCACGAUCAACGGCAUCGACUCGCAGGAUCAGGGAGAGUUCGCGCUCAAGAUCAAGAAUCGGUGCGGCGAGGACAAGUACGCCAUCGGUAUUCAGGUACGUAACUCUUAUUCGAAUCGAGGCACACUAGAAUGUGUGUGAAAUAGAGAGAAAGAGAUAUCGAGGAUUUGGCCAAUAUUUGAAAUGCGAUAUUGGUAACACAACCACUACCACCACUAAUUAUGCACCACUUUUCCGUCAAGAGCAUCUUUCAUUGCGCAUUCCAACAUGUUCCAUAAUAAAUUCUGAUAAUUUAUACACUCACCAUUCCCCGCCGGCGCCCACCAUCGUGUUGUUACCCUGAAAAUGGUAAUCUUUAUUUAGUGUUGAAAAGUGCUGACUUUGAGUGUCUACGCUUCCGUUAGAUGAUGUUCUUUGGUGCUUGAAAACUUUUUGACAAAUGUUCACUGUACUUCACAAAUUGACCCCUGUCUGUACAACCACUGUCAAUUGAUUUGUAACGCAUGGAAGUGAUGUCAUGAAAGUUUAGGAUGACAUAACUUCCAAGAGGUACAGUAGCCAUGGGAGUGGUUGUACAAAGCAGUCGUCAACUAAGAAAUCAAUGCUGUAGGUUUGAAGAUUUAGAAAAACAAUUUUCCGAAUCAUUGGAUGACACGCUCUUUUUCCCAGAAUCGCUAUUUUUCCCAGAGUCCCACUGAUCAUCAUAUUUCCUGGUUUUCUAGACCCCCCCCCUUUCUCCAGUUGAUUUCUAUGUACAAAACGCCGAAACCAUGUUGACACAACACGUAGUAAUCACCACUAAUCACGCGGUGUUUUCUAUUGACUCUUCCACUUUUAUCACUUCUUCCAAUGACUUUCCAAUCAUCACUUACCGUCGGAAUCACCAUUGAUCACGGCGGGACCAGAUUGAACUGGCUGGAAGAAGAAGUGGGACGUAAAAGUUUGAGUUGAGAGUCUGAAAAACUGAAAAUAAAGUGGUGCUGGUGGUGGUGGUGGUGGCGAAGUGGAAGGAAGGAAAGCCACAAAAAAUGAGGGGUCCUCAGAGAAAGUUUGUUAUCGGCUCCACCCUUUCUCGAGAGAGGAAAAGAUGAAGAAGAAGAGGGAGAAUGGGGGACGAGGGACGGAGUAAAUUCGAUGGGGGGCGAUUGGAAGUAAGCCAAUUCCGAAUACUUUGUGCAAAUUGGCGAGUGGCCCAAAAAAACCAGCUCCUCCCUUCCUCACUCUCUCUCUCUCUCUCUCUCUUUCAUAUUCUCACUCUCGAAACGUGCCGAAUUUCUCAAUUCCAUCGCAAACUUCAUUUGUUGGUAUUGUGAGAAGAACGAGGCAGAAAAAAGCGAGAGCGAGAGAAGCUCUGAGAGAAAUUUGUUCUGUUUGUAGGUGACCGACCGUCCGGCUCCACCUGGAAAACCUGCCGUCGAGGACCAGAACCUCGACUCGGUGCGGCUGAGAUGGGCGGCUCCGACCAACGACGGAGGAUCGCCUGUCAGGAAUUACACUGUCGAAAUAUGCUCGGUAAGUGCGGCUCUCAAAGAAAGUCGUUUCCCUUUCCGUCUCCAUUAGGUCUCCCCGAGCAACGCACAUUUUAUUGCAGGAAAAGACGAAGACGUGGACGAAGGCCGAAGUCACAAAGCAGGCGUUCAUCACUCUCUUCAAUUUGACUCCCGGCGAGAGCUACACGUUCCGCGUGCGCGCCGACAACACAUUCGGACUGUCGGAACCGUCCGAGGAAUCGGAUCCAGUGUUCGUGAAGGAUGUGAGUCGAGUUGUAGAAGAACCGAAGAAGAAGGAAGUGAAAAUGAAGGAGCAAGAAUCUGUGGACUACGAGAAAGCGACAAAAGAGGCGGGACCGUCCGAGUACAAGACUAUCGAUAUUCACAGACUGCCGAACGAUCUUCAAGCCAAAUAUAUCAUCCACGAGGAGCUCGGAAAGGGAGCCUACGGUACCGUGUACCGAGCAACCGAAAAAGCCACCGGAAAGACGUGGGCCGCCAAAAUGGUCCAGGUGAGGCCGGGAGUGAAGAAGGAGAAUGUGAUCCACGAGAUCGCAAUGAUGAAUCAGCUGCACCACGAGAAAUUGUUGAAUCUUCACGAGGCAUUCGACAUGGGAAAUGAGAUGUGGCUCAUUGAGGAGUUCGUCUCGGGCGGAGAACUGUUCGAGAAGAUUCUGGAGGACGAUUCUCUGAUGAGUGAGGAAGAAGUGAGGGACUACAUGCAUCAGAUUCUCAUGGGCGUCUCCCACAUGCACAAGAAUCAGAUUGUGCACUUGGACUUGAAACCAGAGAACAUCCUGCUCAAGUCGAAGAACUCCACAGACCUCAAGAUCAUUGACUUUGGCCUUGCUCGCAAGCUCGACCCGAAGAAGAGCGUCAAAUUGCUCUUUGGAACGCCAGAGUUCUGCGCGCCAGAAGUGGUGAACUAUCAGCCAGUGGGUCUCUCCACAGACAUGUGGACCGUCGGAGUCAUCUCGUACGUCCUGCUCUCCGGUCUCUCGCCAUUCCUUGGGGACAGCGACGAGGACACGCUGGCGAAUGUGUCCGCAGCUGAUUGGGACUUUGACGACCCGAGCUGGGAUGAUGUGUCCGAUCUGGCGAAAGAUUUCAUUUGCCGUUUGAUGAUCAAGGAUAAGAGGAAGAGAAUGUCGGUGGAAGAUGCACUCAAACAUCCAUGGAUUACGGUAAGACACUGUGUUGUUUGGUCUGUUCUUUAUGUCAUCAUGUUCGUGUUCAGGGUCCGUUAUUGUCCGCGUUCAAUGAUUUGUCCGAAUAUGUCAAGGUACUAACAUUGAUUCUGUCGAAUUAAAAUCUGAAAUUUAUAUUGUCGUUUUCAGAAGAUGCAACCAAAGCCGGACAAGAGCGGAGUGCCAGCCAGACAAAAGAGAAACUUCCUUUCCCUCAAGAGAUGGUCCGACGAUCUUUUGCCGAUCGGACGUCUUGCCAAGAGAGGAGCCAUCUUCCGAAGGCUCACAAUGGACGGAGUGUUCGAGAGAAACAUCGCCUUCGGUGAGUAGAUCCCGAUAUGUGCCCAAUAUUCUCACCAUUUCUAUUCAGACACCGACACCGCCCCGAGCGUCAAGAAGCAGCUCGAGGACAUUGUCGCCAACGUCGGAGACCUCAUCGCCACUCUUUCUUGCGACCUCGAUGGCCAUCCGAUUCCAAAGGUUCAGUGGUUCAAGGACGAUAAGGAGCUCACAGUUCCAUCCAUGAAGUACGAUUCGUUCUACAACGAAGGACUCGCCGAGCUCACCGUCAAGAACAUUGUCGAAUCGGACGCCGGAAAGUACACCUGCCGAGCCACCAAUGACUUGGGAAGCAUCAUGACGCACGCUAAAUUGUCUGUGAAAACUGACGACAAAAAGAAGAAAAAGGCCGAAACUUCGCCCGCUGUAAUUGAGAAGAAGAAGGACAGGAAGACGUCGAAGGUCGUUGUCAUUGAGGAGAUGCUCGAUAUGCCACCCAACUUCCAUCACUUGCUCCAAGACGACGAGGCUAAGAUCGGAGAGCCCAAGGUGCUUGUGGUUACCAAUACCACACUGCCAGAACCGACAGUCGACUGGUAUCACGACGGAGAGCACAUCACCGUCGCUGACAGCAACUACCUCCAGAAGCAUGACAAGGGACGUUACGAGCUUCACAUUUUGAGUGUGGACGCGACGGACGAAGGAGUAUGGAAGGCCGUCGGAAAGAAUGCGUACGGAGAGUGCGAAUCUGAAGGGAAGCUCUCUGUCGUGGUGCCGGACGGACAGUUUGCUCCGUCUUUCGGAAAACAACUCAGCGACGUCAAGUGCCAAGAAUCCGACAUUCUGAAGCUGGAGGUCAACAUCCAAGCAAACCCAGCGCCUGAGAUCAACUGGUUCCGAAAUGAAGUGGAAAUUGAGCAUUCGCAACGGCAUCGCCUUCAAUUCGACGACGGAGCCGGCAACUACGCGCUCACUAUAAUUGACGCCUACGCAGAAGAUAGUGGAGAGUACAAGUGUCUGGCGAAGAACAAAAUCGGAAAGGCGCACACAGUCUGCUGCGUGAGAAUCGAGGAGUUGCUCGCUAAGAGAAGCAAGAAGAUUGAUGGCUCGAAAGCUCCGAGGUUCAGAAUGCAGCUGCCGACCCCGAGAGAAGUUCCACAAGGAUCUGAUCUCACUCUCGUCUGCUCCGUGUCUGGUACUCCUCAUCCGAACAUCAGAUGGAUGAAGGACGACCAGCCAAUCGACAUGAGCAACAAGCAGGUCCGCCAUGAAAACGGUGUCUGCACGUUGCACAUCAUUGGCGCCAGGGAUGAAGAUCAAGGCCGAUACGUCUGCGAAGCUGAGAACAUCCAUGGAGUCGCUCAGAGCUUCUCGGUUGUUGAAAUCAAGGAAGCUGUCGACAAAGAUCAUGUCAAGCCGAAGUUCUUGGAGCCGCUGGUCAACUGCUCCACUUGCGAAGGAAAUGAGAUUGUGCUCGAAUGCUGCGUCACCGGAAAGCCCAUUCCUACGAUCACCUGGUACAAGGAUGGCUUGAAGCUGAUCAUCGAGAACCGGAUGCUGCAGUACACCGAUCGCAAGGGUGUCUCUAGGCUGAACAUCAUGAACGUGGUGAUGGAUGAUCUGGGAGAGUACACUUGCGAGGCUGUCAACAGUCUUGGCAAGGAUUUCACUCACUGCACUGUCAAGGUGGUCGACAUGGGAUUGGCCAAGACUAGACUGACUCCAGUGAGAAGCCGGAGCAGAAGCCGAAGCAGAUCUCCGUCGGUGCUCGGAGGAGAUAUCCAGAGGCCGCCGGUCGUGACGAGACCACUGGCAGAUGCGACAGUCACCGAGGGCAACCGAGAACUUCUUGAAGUCGAAGUGGACGGUCUCCCAACGCCGACAAUUGAAUGGUACCACGAUGGGAAGCUGGUCGCCGAGAGCAGAACUCUGAGAACUUACUUUGAUGGACGCGUCGCUUUCCUCAAGAUCUACGAAGCGCACGACGAGCACAAUGGCCAGUAUGUGUGCAAAGUGAGCAACAAAUUGGGAGCGGUGGAGACGAGAGCGUGUGUGAUUGUCGAGAAGCCGGACGCCGCCGACCACGUCACACAGAUGCCGACGUUUGUCAAAAAGUUGCAAGAUGUUGUUUUGAGGCAGGCUGGCGAGACGGCCACGUUCACGUGUCAGUCAUACGCUAAUCCAGCCGCCCAAGUCGUUUGGCUGCACAACGGAAAGGCGCUCCAACAGCAGAGUAAUUACAAAUCACGGCUGUUCGACGACAACACGGCGACACUGGUCAUCGAGAACGUCACCGACGAGGUGUGCGGCACUUACACGGCCGUCGCCACCAACCAGUUCGGAGAUGUGCACACUUCCGCGCAACUCACGAUCACUGGCUCCGAGGCGAAGACGGUGGUGCCCUCAUUGCCGUACUUUAUCAUUGAGCCAAAGCCGAAAAUCAAUGUGCCUGAAGGCGCGACGCUCUCAAUUCAAGCCGACCUGAAUGGCUCACCUACGCCGGAAGUGGUUUGGUUGAAGGAUAAUAGCGAGUUGGUGGAGAGCGAACGCAUUCAGAUGAAGUGCGACGGCGUCAACUAUCAACUGGUGGUGCGAGACGUCGGACUCGAGGACGAGGGAACUUAUACGAUCACUGCGGAGAACGCAAAAGGAAAAGUGCGUCAGAACACUGAAGUGUCGGUUAUCAAGGCCAAGGAGCAAAAGGAGCCGAAGGAUAAGGAGAAGGUGGAGAAGAAGGAUGAGGACAAGAAAAAGCCAGGACGACCGGGACUUCCGAGACCUUCUGGAGCUCCGAAGACUGACCGAGUCACCAUUGCAUGGGAUACCCCGCCAGCGUCUGAAGGCCCCGUCGACAGCUAUGAAGUCGAAAGGAGAUGUCCGGAUCAGAGAACUUGGACGUCUUGCGGAUCUACGAAGAACUUGGAGCUCGAGGUCACUGGCCUGACUCCAAAUGCCGAGUACAUCUUCAGAGUGGCCAGCAAGAACAAGAAAGGACUCAGUGAUUGGGCGGUGAUGAAAGAGACCCUAAAAACCGCUCCCAUCGGCCAGGCGCCGCAAUUCACGCUUCUUCCCCAGCCGAAGAUCGUUGCCAACAAGGACGAUGAGGUCGAUAUCAGCGUGGAAUUCAUCGGAUCUCCUGAACCAACUGUCAAGUGGUACAAAGCGAAUCUUCAAGUCGUCCCCGACGAGAAAAUAAGCAUUACUACCACUGCCACGUCAUCAUCUCUCAAUUUGAAGUCUCAUGAAGAAGAUGGCACUUACACCUGCCUUAUUGAAAACAAACAAGGACAGGCUUCCGCGUCAUGCCACGUCACCAUCUUCAACCGCGCCGCAUCACUUCACACCACUCCGGACCACUCUUUGGAGAGAAACGUUUUGCCAGUCGUGCAGAAAACGAUGAACAACGAGAGUGCUCAGGCUGGACAGCAAAUCGCAUUGACCUGCCGAAUAAGUUCGCGAUCGGAGAGCACAGUUUCCUGGUUCAAGGACGACGAACGAAUCGAAUCCACUGGAAGAUACGAACUUUCGAGCGAUAAGAAGUCCAAUCACAGGCUUGUUUGUCACGCGGUUCAAGCUCAAGACUCUGGAAAGUACCGAUGUGUGGUGACAAACAAGUACGGAUUCGCUGAGAGUGAAUGCCUUGUCACCGUGGAAGAUGUCACUAAAUUCGUGCCUCCGUCCUUCGCUUCAACCCUUUCCGAUUCGACCGCCAUUCUGGGCCACAAUCUGUCUCUGGAGUGCAAGGUUGAAGGGUUCCCAGCUCCCGAAAUCAGUUGGACAAAGGAUGGAGAACGAGUUUCCACGACCAGGAGAGUUCGACAAGUUCUUGAGGACGAUGGAACUUGCCGACUGUCAAUUGCCAAAUGCGAAUCGGAUGACACGGGAGUCUACGUGUGCUCCGCGACCAGUGUCGCCGGAGUCGACUCAACCUCCAGCAUGGUCAUGAUUGCCAAGACCACCGGCACCGACUCUCAUCUUGUCAUCGCUCAAGCACUCGAUGACAAGGAAGAGAAGCCUCGAUUCGUCCGAGCACCCCCGUCGCUCAUCGAGGUUAGCGAAAGCGGUCAGUUCACGCUGGUCGCUAAAGCCAUCGGAGAACCGAAACCAGUCGUGACGUGGCUCAAAGACGGACGCGAAAUUCUGCGCACCAACCGCAUCUACCGUCACUUUGUCACCGGAGACGGCGAAAGUCACCUGCUCGCCGAGUGCGUCGUCUCCAAAACUUCCGGAAUCUUCAGCUGCAAAGCGACGAAUCCGAGCGGCACCGUCAUCGCCGAAACACAGGUCAUCGUACAGCGAAUGAAACCGGCCAGUGAGCACGCGAACGUUGCUCCCAAGUUCACCAUUCCACUCACCGACAUGGGAAUCGUCAACGGACACCCGACCACACUGAGCUGCAAUGUGACCGGGUCUCCCGAGCCGACACUCGAGUGGAUCUAUACUGAUGAUUCUGGAAACAAAACCAACCUGACGAGCUCGACGACCAGCUGGACUGAAUGUCGGUUUGGCAAGGUCGCUGAGCUCAAAUCCGAGCGAGUGAUGCGAGAGCAACGUGGCACUUACCAGUGCGUGGCCACCAAUCCAUCAGGCCAGGCCACCACUCAAUGUUAUCUUCUGGUCGGAGAGCUCUCCGAUGAGCCCGCCGGCCCGCCACGCUUUGUGAAGUGUCUUCAGGACACGUGGACCCCGCUCAAAGAGACCGUAGAGUUCACCGUCGAACUCGCCGGAUUCCCCACGCCAGACUUGACCUGGUAUCACAACGAGAAGAAAGUCAUCGAGGGAAAGGAUGUCAAGAUCGCCUUCCCAUCGGACACGACAAGUGUCCUCACCAUCGAGAACGUUUCACUGGCGAGUCUCGGAAUGUACUACGUCGAGGCGUCCAACAUCCACGGUGUGCUGCGAACCGCCGGAAGGUUGAAUGUCUCCGACGAGCGAAGGAAAGCCGAGCCGCCACAAUUCAAGCACGUUCUCGAGCCAGUGCUCGCCGUCCAACCGAAAGUCGCUUUCUCUGAAGAACACCCGAGAGCCACGUCUUCUGCGGCCACUGCAAGAGUCAAAAAGGGAGCUGCGCCCAUGUUUUUGCAGGGUCUCGAAGAUAUGGAUCUGAAAGCGGGAGCGUCUGCCGCCGUUGCCGGGAAGCUCGGGAGGAAGCUGCGACCUCACCGGAGCACAACCAACGACGCGGAGAAGCUUGCGAAGGCGCUGUCGAUGAGUCUGCAACUCGAGGAGCCGCGGAUGUCAGCUGAUAGUCGGCCGGAAAGUGCCGCGAACACCGCUUUGGACGAGGUCCGUGCUGCGAUUAGCACCCGGAAUAAGCGAGUCUGCCGGCCCAAGUUCAUGGUGAAGCCGAAGCCGAAGAAGAUUCUCGAGGAGUACAAGUCGUUGCGGCUGAAGACGGCUAUCAGUGGCAAUCCGAUGCCGCAAGUGCACUGGGAUAAGGAAGGUAUCAUUUUGGAGACUGGCAACAAAUAUUCUAUCUACAACGACGGGGACUUUUACUAUCUGGAGGUAUGUUCAGACCGAUCGGGCAAGCGCAGCUAAAGGUAGUUUUUCAGGUCCAUCACGUUUCGACUUUUGACAAAGGAUUCUACAAUUGUACUGCUGCAAACAAUGAAGGAAUCGUCACUUGUACAUCUGAGGUAGCCUUUGUAUCACUAUCAAACAACUUUUAGCGCAAUAUUUAUACAGAUCGAUGUGCUGCCCAACAAAGAAGAUUCUGCUGCUCAGGUAGCCAAACGGAAAAGUCGUAAGGAGGCGAAAGCCCCCAACUUCAUCGAAGUGUUGCCUGGUAAAUCUCAGGUAUGUUACACUAUCCUAGCCCUACUUUAUACACAAAACGUUCUAGGCGAACCUGAACGAGUCUCUGUGCGUGGAAUGCUCUGUCAGCGCAUAUCCGUGCGCCUCAAUUCAAUGGACUCGCAACUCGGUUACACUUCUGCCACAAGCUGACCGGUAACCUUAAUUCUACCAUCCAAACUCAAUCAGAAUCACUUUUGUUUUUCAGAUACACCAUGUCGUAUGAUGGUGAAUGCGCCACCCUGAAAUUCUUGUCGGUGGCGCCUGGCGACGAAGGGACCUACUCUUGCGAGGCGGUCAACGAACACGGAAAAGCACAAUCGACGGUACUUAACUAAUGAAGUUUCACAUUUGAAAACUGUAGCGUGGUUCAGAUGAACUUGAUAAUUAGUGGAAUGGAUCCUAAUGCUGCUCAAGGAACGACUCCACUCUUCAAGUUCGAAAAGAUCAAGUCUGUGCGGAAGGUGGUCGACGGAAGUCGUGUCGAGCUCGCUGCUGAGCUCGUCCAGGCCUCCGAACCCCUUCAAAUCCGUUGGCUCCGCAAUAAAGUCACCAUUGUGGACUCUCCUUCGUUCAGCUAUUCAAGAUCUGAAAAGAUGGUGAGGAGUUCGGUGUUCAUGGAAUUCUUUAAACGUUUCUUCUUCCCAGGUAUUCCUCACCAUCGCCGACGUCUUCCCGGAAGACGGUGGCGAGUACACAGUGGAAGCCAAAAACCAAUUUGGUAUUGCGCGUUGCACAAUGCUUCUUGAUGUCAGAAGUGAGUGAAGUUUCGCAGAAAUCGCAGAACUCAUAUUUUCUUCUCCAGACAACGAACGAUCGGUAGCCGACGAGGCGCCGCGAGUGUUCGACUGCGAGCCGACGACGAGAGCCGACCCGGGCGCCAAUGUGGAGCUGCGAGCCAAAGUGAUCGGGCACCCGGAUCCGGUGAUUACGUGGUCGAAGGCCACUCAGAAAUUGAGCAACGAAGAACGAUACAUGGUUGGUGACCUGAAUGUUUUGACAGACCGUUGACGACAUUUUUCAGAUGAGAAACGAGGGCGACACUUUCAUCCUACGAAUCGGCAACGUGACUCGUGCCGACGCCGGAAAGUACACGUUGACGGCGAUCAACGCAUCCGGACAAGCCAACGCCGAGUUGGAAUUGAGGGUUGUUCAAUCCACCAAGUAACUAUUAUGAACUUAUUUGAACUUAUCAUUAUGUAUCGAUAUUCAGGACCGUCGGGGAGAAACCCAAAUUCAAUGAGUCACCGGUUUCCGUGCAAACGUGCGAGAAGAACAGGUAAGGAAGACUUUUUAGUUGCCCACUAAAUGCUUUUUUUUUGUUUUAAGAGCAGAGCUGCGAGCUUCGUUCUCUGGCACACCCGUCCCGACGUGUCGGUGGUUUUACAAUGGCGGCGAAUUGAUUGACGGUAAGCCGCAUACAUAUGUCCCCUAGACCUUCCGAUUCCACAGGUCUCGACGGCUUCACGAUCACCAGCACCGAGACCGCUUCGUCGCUCGCAAUCACUUCUGUCGAAAAGAAGCACUACGGAGAGUAUCUGUGCGCGAUUCGCAACCAAAACGGAGAAGAGUUGGCGAACGCAAUGAUUCUGUCAGAAGGUUAGUCAUCUGAAUGUUGGUCAGUCCGUAGUAUAUGUUGUGUCCGUUCCAGUGUUGUUCUCCGUCUACUCGUCCAUUUUCUCGUCGUGUGUGUUUGUCCAUGCUCAUAUCGUAUGUUUAUUUGGAAGACACUGGAAAUCACAAACCGCCCGUGUUUGCAGGCUCGUCUGCUGCACUUCCUCAACGAAGAACGACGCGUCGAUAG